AAAAAUGUGCAUUUUAGUUUCAGUUGAUAAAAACMUAACGUUUUUAUGAAGAGCAUGGGAGAGUAACACCAGCAACGGAAAAUCCCAAAGGAGAAUUUUUCCUCAUCAGUCCAUGACAUUAAGCUCAAGAAAACCAAAAGCAUCAAUGUGUGACCCCUCGCCAGAAUGUGUCCAGGAGCAGUUCUUCACUAAGUCCACAAGGUGGCACUGCUGGGACUUAAACAAAGGCAGCUGGAAAAAGCACUGRAAGGAGUUUCUAUUCAUCUGAGACAAUAACAAACGCUGCCGCAGGRGGAGGAUGCUCACAUGGACUGUCUGAUUAAUAAAUAGUCCCUUUCCUAAUUMUGAAUUACUUUAUUUCAACUCUAACCUGUUUGUUGGAGUUAUCAGUAAGCAAACCAAACCACACCAUGCAGACCAAACAGCACAACAGACAGGUCUGGAUUAAAGUAGUGGAGAAACUUAAAGCAGGAUUGCGUUAUAAAACAGGAUUUUUAUAACGCAAUAUAAAACAUUGCGUUAUAAAACAGGAUUGCGUUUGGAUGUUACAUAAAAGGGAAAAGAGCAUCCCACUACUAAAUCUUAAACUUGGACAUGCCAAGUUCUGAAAAGUAUUAAUCAGGGAGGUUUGUGGUUUUACCUUGACAUUAUAUGAAAACCYGCAAAGAGUCUGAAUAUCGUCAAAGCCAUACAGGAGCUAAAAUUGUUAAUGAAUCAUUAGACACAUCUGGAUUAGCAUCAAAUUUUCCUCAAACAAGCCAACAUUUAACCUUAAACAAACGUUUUAUUAGUUAGUGACCACUAGAUGGCAUACGCUAAAUUAUUUGAGUUCCUUAGUUUGACGCAAAUCAAAUGUUCUAUAUACCCAAGAUGUUUUUAAAGGUGGCAGUUUGUUUAGGCGUGCUUACGCAACAGGUCACGCCCCUCAGGUGUGCACUCUUUUGUGCGCAUGAGUCACUUUUAUUCUCUUGUGGUUUGAGCUCCAGGAGAGAGGUCGAUAGAAUACAUGUCUUCCUUCGCCAUACAUCCGAUAAAGGACUAUUACAGCAGGAUCUGAGGGAAUAUACAUACUUUAUCUCAUGGAUCGGUUAUGGCUUCUUGUUUUUCUGGGAGGAUUCGUGAUACAAGGGGUGCAGCAUGUUUGGGGAAUAGAAGUUUUCACUACCAGCGAGGUGGAAGCGAUCAAUGGAACGAGUGUGAAGCUCACGUGUACCUUCAGCUCCAAGGAACCGGUGUCGCUUCAGACAGCUUCAGUAUCAUGGGACUUCCGGUCCAUCACUGCAGAUAGACCUGAACGUAUAUUUUACUAUCAGGAAAUUCCAUAUCCUAUCGACAAAGGGCUCUUCAAAGGGCAUGUGCAGUGGUCCGGAGACAUGAAGAGAAAAGACGCCUCAAUCACCUUGAAUAACGUUCACCCUGGGUUUAACGGCACCUACUUCUGUCAGGUGGCCAACCCUCCAGAUGUCCACGCCAAUAUUGGCGAAACCGUCCUAAGAGUCGUCGACAAAGUAACUCUCUCUGAGAUCAGCUUGCUGGUGGCCAUUAUCGGAGGCUCCUGCGUCGUCAUCCUGGUCUUUCUUGGCAUCUUCGUUGCUGUGAGGAUGUACAAGAAGCGUAAUAAGGAAAAGGACAUUGAGAUGCGGGUGGAGGAGUACAGAAACAAACAGCCAACGGUGUGGUGAGGCCCCAGAGACCCACAGCUCUUGUCAGCCUCCUCUUCUCUGGACUGCUAUGGAGUCAGUCUGAGGGCUUGGUUUCAUUUUCCUGAAAGAAAUUAACGAAAGGCCUUUUUUUUCUGUCAUGUUUGCUCCUCUAGAGUCAGAUAUUACUUCAGGUUCCUGAGGCCACUGUAGGGUUGGGGAGAUAAUGUGCUGUGUAAUAUGUUGCUUAGAUGAAAAAUCUGGACAUUUUUAUCUACUUCACAAAAAGUUUCUUUUGAUUUAAAACAUUUAAAAGUUUUUCUUAAACAUUAUAGAGGAUGUAAAUAUGGAUACAUGUCUUCAGGGUGGAUCUUCACUUUAACCUUUAUUGACAACAGCAGUGCUGACAUACAAAUGGGCCUUUUUAUUUAUUUUUUUACUUAAAAAAAAAUAGUUUAUACCUUUAUACCGCUGACCUGGGUGCCUUUUACAUUUCAUAUUCCCCUAACAGGAAUAUUAAAGAGAUCCAGCUGCUGUGAAUUAAGGCUUACUAUCUUUGCUAUUCUUUCUUACUGAGCAGCAAAGGUAUUUUUUAUUUUUUUACACUUACAAGAUGACUUUCAAAUUUUGGGGGGCAAAUUCCUUUUCUUUUUUUUUUGCGCUAAUACCAUUAGCCCAUGAGGCUAAUGUUUAACAGCAUGUGGCCCGUGCGCUGAUGACCUUUGCUCCACAAUACGUUCCAAUCUUUGAGUUGAGGUGAGGCAUUUCCCAAAUCCAAAACCAUGGGAACAAUGAACAGGACUGCAUUCCUUCUCUGGACUUGCCUCACCUCAAAGUAACCACUUUUGGUAUCUUUCCUUUUCUGUUACGCUGGAGAUGGAUAUACUCUCUGAGGGGGAACGUGUCCCAUGUGUUCAUUUACCACAUCAUCCACUGUGCACUGAUCGUCCCGUCUCACCAGCUGGUUGUGUUUUUUUGCUUUUUUUUUUUUUAUUUGCGACUGAAUAUGUUUGGCUGCCGUUACGCCUGUUCACCUGCAGCGGCAGUUCACCUGACAGCUCUGAAAACGAAGUAGGAAGCUGUUCGUUCAGACGAUGAGGAGUCUGAGUCAAGCAGCGGGGAUGAUGAGGAGGAAGAAGGUCUUGAUGAUGAUGAUGAUGAUGACGACGACGACGACGAUGAUGACGACAACGAUGACAAUCUUGGUGGGGAUGAUGAUGAUUAGAUAAAUUCCUAUUUUGGUAGAAGAACUUCAAAUAUUUGUGUUGCACAAUUCACUGUUGGUAGUUUACGUCACCUUUGAAGAAGCAUUGAAAAAGCAUACAACAGAACCAGAGAUACUGUCUUGUUAAAUGUUUUUCUUUUUCUUUCUUUUUUCUGUGGAAACACUUAGUUUUGGUGAGCCAGCUUUACUUCAGCAGGAGUGCUGCCGGCCUCAUGCAAAUUUUGCUUCUUUUAAACUGCAUCCUACUCCAACCUUUUUUGAACCAGGCAUUAAUGACCAAACAAACACGGCAGCUUGACGGGUUCAGACUUGUCACUUGUCACUGUCUGCUUGGAAACUGGAAUGUUAAAUCCUUUUCAGACAGCGAACGCUCCUUGAUCUCCCUGAGCAAUACCAGGUCACGCUAGCAACACUUUUCAGUGUGGAAGUUGUUAAUGAAGGAAGAAGACUCAAUCUUGGCUAUUUUCAGUUUCUUUGAGCUGAACAACGGCAGGUUUUUAAGAGGAAGUGUAGUUUCCACCAGAGUUGUUUGUGGUUUGUUUAGGAUAAUCAUUUUAAGCACAUUGACUGUUGUUUACUGUUAGUAAUGCCUACUAUGCUAAUUGCUGAGCUCCAUAAUCACUUUGCUGUUUUCAAAAACACUGGCUGUCUUCUUAAAUUGAUGGCGUAAAACCUCCUACACCCCAGAUCAUAAUUACAGACUGCUGAGUUUAAAAAAUAUUUUAAGGACUUUCAUCACAGUUGAAAAAAUUUCAUAAGAAUUAGAAUCAGCUAAAAUUGGCAUUUGCAGCUUUACAAAUUUUUAGCUGAAAUCGGACAACACAAAACUUUGAUUGGUGCAUUUCUGUUGCAGACAACUUCUUCAAGAACAACAGAACUCCUGUUGCUUUUUUCAAGUAUACAAUACAAUAAUACUCUAACGUUUAAAAAAAGUGUUCAAAAUUGUGUUUCUUUUAGUAAUAAUCUUGAUUGCAGGGACAUGAAUUGUAUUGCUGAACAAAUUAGGUUUUAUUAUACAUUUUUUAAGGACGUCGCUUUUUUAGUUUGACUCCAUACUAGCAAAUCCUUAACAGUGUUGCUAUAUUUCUGCUGCUGCAAUUCCCAACAUCUCAUUCUUAGAUGAGUGAUGUAAAUGUUUUUUGUUGUUAUUGUUGUUUUGUAUGUUGAUUUUUUUUAAAAACAAAGUUUCGCAAAAAAGUCACAUUGAAUUAGCUUUACAGGUGAAUGACGUGGUUUUGACCAGAGCAGUUAUGUUGCAUGAGGGAAUUUUAUAUUUCAUAGUUUUGUAUGUAUUGAUAAGGUGAAUGUUUUUGUUAUUUUUUUCAUCAAAGUCCUGAAAUGUCAAUUGUGUAUUUUUGCAACAUUUGAUUAAAGAAAUUCCCUUUUGA